AUGGUCCACAUAAUUGUAAAUGAAUUAAGAACCAUAGACACCCAACCACCGAUGCGUACACUCAAAAAUAUAGCUAGAGAAAUAUCGCAAAAGUAUCCUAAAACUUUCUGCGACGUAGACGAUGACGGUGCAGUGUUAGGGGAUGGGUCCGCAAACAAGGCGUACGCAACACAUCGUUUGUUUUUAAAUAAUAUUGUUUCGCCGCCUUCCGUUGAAGAUAUUAUUUCGAAGUAUCCCGUGAUUUUUAAUAAAAAAGCGAUUUAUUGGCAUUUUAAAAAGUUGACGGAUGUGGACCUCCAUAAGAUAUCAGAAGUUUUAAAAAAUAAACAACAAAACAUAAUCAGUUUUGGUAUUAAAAGUAAAAUUAUUCAAUAUAAUGAACUAAAUACGACAAAUAAUGAUCGCUUAGCUUUAGAAAUUAUUGCGAAAUAUUUCAAAGACAAAAUAGAGCACAUUCUAUAUAAAUUUGAGGAAUACAACAUAGAAGAAAUUGAAAGCAGUAUGAUGAUCUUAACGCCAUGCGUUGCGGAGAUAGCUGGGAGAUUCAUAGUUUUCUUCGAAAAAAAACAAGUCGUGGAGGUGGAUAAUCUAAUAGAGGCAUUUGAGUUAUGUUUUGGACUCUAUUUCAUACUAAAUACACAGUAUCCUAAAGUUAUAUCCGGAUUAUUAGAAACUAUACAAUGUUAUUUUUUAAAAAUUAACACAGAAAGAAGCUGUUCU